AUGAGGGGCUUCAUAUAUACUCUACUAUUCUUCAAUAUAAUAUUAGUUAGUUGUAAUACAGAAGAGCCAGAACCAGCUAUCAAGUUUGAUAAUAUUGAGUCUGAAGAUUACGGUGAUAUCAAUGAUGCUAAUGUUGGAGCAGUACCAGAUGCUGUCAACGAUGAAAUUAUAGAAGAGCUUGUUAAUAAAUUUUUAAAUACAGGAUCUUUACAGAAUCCUAAAUCUAAUAAGACAAUACAUGCUAACCCAGCUGUUUUUGCAUUGGUCAAUUCUAGUUCUUAUUGGGAUAUUGACAAACAACUGGAUGAAGAUGUGGUUUCUGAUGAAGAAGAAAUAGUUUCAUGGCUUGAAGGAUACCAGAAAGAAGCUAAACAGAUCUUACGAGAAAUCGCCAAAGCUAGUUGGACAUACGUCACUAAUGCCUCUCCUUCAGCUAAAGCAUCAUUGGACGAGGCUGAAAAUGUUCUCUCAGAGUUCGUUAAGAGUACGUCCAAGCAAGCUAAACAGUUGAAACUUUCAUCGGUGGAAAACAACUCUACUAAAAAACAAAUCGAGAGUAUUGCUUUCGAAGGAUUAUCAGCUUUGUCUGUCAGUGAUUCUGAAGCUCUUACUCAUGCAUCCAGGAAGAUUAACCAAAUCUUCUUCGAAGCCCCUAUUUGUGAUGCCGACUUCGAUCCUCCCUGUGCUCUCAGACGUGUUGAUUUGGAAAGCAUCUACCAACAAGAACAAAAUGCUACCCGUCUUUCAGUUCUCUUCUUGAACUAUGCCAAAUCUCUCGAGCCAGCAAAGCAAAACUAUUUGAAAUUGGUUGAAUUGACCAACAAAGGAGCUGAGAUUAACAACUUGAAGAAUGGAGCUGCUAUGUGGAAUAAAGCCCUUGAAAGUUCCAAUGCAAAGGAAUCUAAGUUCAUGGUUAAAGAUGCUAUCAAGCAGAUUCAAACUAAGAUUCUCCCAUUCUACCAACAGCUCCAUGCUUACGUACGUCGUCAGUUGGCUGGAAUUUACAAGGAAGCCUUAGAUAUCAGCAAAGAUUCCAUGAUCCCAGCACAUUUGCUCGGAUCAUUGGAAGGAGACUGGGGUAGUCAUUACGAGCAGACAAAACCAUUUGAUGAAAAUGAUCAAAUCGCCGAAGAUAUGCAAACAACUUUCCAAAGUCAAAACACCACAGCGAAAGAACUCUUCACGAAGGCUUACCGAUAUUUCAAAGCCAUCGGAUUCCCAUCACUUCCAAAAUCCUUCUGGACAAACUCUGUUUUUGUUCGUGUUUGGAGCAAGGAUAUGAUCUGUAACCCUCCAGCAGCUAUUGACAUGAGAGAUGGAAAAGAUUUCAGAGUCAAAGCUUGUGCUCAGGUAGGAGAAACAGACUUCAAGCUUGCUCAUUCUUUGAUGGCCAAUGUCUAUUACCAAUAUCUUUACAAGGAUCAACCACUUCUCUUCCGCGAACCAUCGUCAUCUUCGAUCAACGAAGCAAUUGGAAAUGUAUUCUCUCAUUUAUCUCUCAACCCUCAUUAUCUUUAUGCUCAAAAACUCGUUCCAGCAGACCAUUUAAACAUUCGUGAUUCUGUCGUAAUUAAUAGGCUUUAUAAGGAAGCACUUGAUAAUGUAGCCAAGAUCCCACUUCAAUUAGCUGCCGAUCUUUGGAGAUAUGAGAUUUUCGAGGGUGAAUUAACUUCAGCCAAGCUGAACGAUAGAUGGUGGGAGUUGAGAAAAGAAUUCGAUGGAAUUCGCUCUCCUCAACCUUACAACUCAUCAAACGUUGACGCUUUAAUAUACACUAUGAUUUCUCAGAAACAAACUCCAGCAUUAAGAGAUGUUAUUACCUACGUCGUUCAGUUCCAAAUUUUGAAGGCUGUCUGCCCUCAAGGUGUCCCAUUGAGCGAAGGAUGUGUUCUGUCCGAAGAUACAACUGAGAAGUUGAUCAACGCAAUGAAGAAGGGAUCUUCUGAAGAUUGGUUAGAAAUUUUGGAGACAAUCACUGGAAAAGCCGAAUUGGAUGUCACACCAUUAUUGGAGUAUUAUGAACCAUUGAUCAAUUGGUUACAAAAUCAAAAUGAAAUUGACCAAGUAUACAACGGAUGGGACGGAGAAGGAACACCUUUCCAACAAGAUGAGAUACCCAGUCCUCGUAGUACUUCCGAUACAUCCAGCCGAUUAUUGAGCGAAGACAGAGUAGCAUACCCUGGAGGAGAUUGCACUCACGGACAAGAAUGUCUUCUUGAUUCACACUGUAAUGGAACUUCAUGUGUUUGUGAUGAAGGAAUGUACACGCUUGAGAUAGGAGACACAGUCAAUUGCGUUCCCGGAAAUCCAGCAGAUAGUGGUUUUGGAAAUGGACAGGUUUAG